AUGUCAGGAUCAGGAUUCCAUGGGUUCAGACAAGAUAUGCCCCCACCGGGAGGGUACGAGGCUAUCAAGUAUAAACGAAAUUUACCUGUCAGAGGUGUAGGAGGUGCAGUAGUGUUCAGCACGGUGGCUGCUAUCUGUGCUUUUGGAUUCUGGAGAGUUGGAAAGGGAAACGUAGAGAAGAGAGAACUCAAGCGUGAACAGGCAUGGUCGCGAAUCAACCUCGUCCCAUUACUAUUGGCUGAACAAGACAGAGAUGCCUAUAGAAGACAACAAGCUGCUUUGGCUAGGGAGAAGGAGAUCAUGAAGGAUUACCCAGGAUGGGAGGCCGGAAAGAGUACAUAUAACUCUUCGAGAUAUACACCAAACACCAUUGUCGUUCUCUAG